AUGGCCGCCAUAACGCAAACCAUAGCGAUCGUCGACAAAUCCAACAAAGUUGUCAGCACCAGCAAACAACUCAAAAAUGUCUUCAAGGAAGCCAAGAUGGCAUACUUGGAGCGAAAGGCGGAGAUUGUGGCACAGCGGAGAGCCAAGGAGGAGAAAGAGUUGAGAAAGGCCAUGAAGGCCAUGGCAUUUGAGGAAGAGGCACGGUCCGAGUCGUCCCGCCGUUCAAGAAGCCAUCACAAUACGAGGAAAGGGUCUGGACACCAGCGACCAUCAGAAGGCGCACGGUAUCAUUCUUCAGAAGCACUGGGCCCAGGUGGUCAUGUCCAAGGACAUACGACCGCCGGGGCAGCAUAUCCUUUCAAUGCUCCCCCUAAUCUGGCCCAAUUCAAUGAGGAACUCUAUGGCAGUCGCCACCACUCUGCGCCGACGUCCCCUAUCAAUGCCUAUGGAGAAAGUCCGCUCGUUCGCAGGACCACCGACCUACCUGUGAAGUCACCUCGGUCACACCGGCCACCGCCUGUACGAUCCCACUCCACUUCCGAGGUGGAUUCGCACAUAGACAUGGAUCUGGCGUACGGAGAAUUCCAUGCCGAGUCUCUCAUGUUGGAGCCCGGAGUCGAGUACAAGUUGCAGAAGCAGGAGAUGUCCAGCCUUGUUACCAAGUGCAAGAUGCUCAUGGAGGAGGCCAACUGUGCCCAGCAUAGCGUUAGGGCCAUCAUUGCGCAUCUGCAGAAGAACCCUGACGCCAUGGCAGCAGUUGCCCUGACGUUAGCCGAGAUCAGCAAUCUGGCGAGCAAGAUGGCUCCCGGUGCUCUUGCGGCCUUCAAGGCUGGUGCGCCCACUGUUUUUGCAAUGCUUGCUGCCCCGGAAUUUCUUAUUGCUGUCGGUGUGGGCGUCGGACUGACUGUCGUGAUGUUUGGUGGGUACAAGAUAAUCAAGAAGAUCAGGGCCAAAGUUAGUGACAAGGACGAUGACCCAAUGGAUGAAAUGCUGGACAUUCAUGAACUCGAUCGUAUCGAGCACUGGCGCCGCGGUAUCGCGAACUCCGAGACUGCGAGCGUCACCACAAGCGUCGAAGGCGAAUUCAUCACACCCAUCGCUGCCGCCAGUAUGGGCCACCUGCCUAUGCCAAGGGAGUUGAGUGAACAGAAGCACAAAUCGAAGAGACGAGAAGAGAGGAAAAAGAAGCAUAAACUGCUUGAUGACGAUCCAGAUCAUACUUUGGUGGGAAGCGAAAGGUCAAAAUCAUCAAGAAGCAGCAAGUCGGAUAGGAAAGAGAAAGCACUGGUGAAGGUCAAGAAGCCGAGCCCACUGAGAAGGAUGUUCCAUAGCAGGGAUUCCGAACCCUUUGGGAAGCGAUGA